GGCAUUCCAAGAACAAAACUUAGACCAGAGAGAGUAGAGAGAAACACACUCAGAGAAAGAUAGUAAAGAGUAGAGAUGGCAGCAUUUUCAUCUUGUUUGGUAGCAUCAUUUUCCAAGCAAUUAACAAUCACAAACAGUAGUAACACCACCUCUUAUCUGAGUUUACCAAACCCCAAAGCUUCUCUCAAGUCUUUAAGUUUCUCAAAUUUUCUUUCUGAAACUCCAUUCGCCAAUGGUAGUUUAGCUUUGAAGGCAGUAGAGAGACAAACACGUCGUUCUGUUGUUUGUGAGGCUGCUCCAGUGCAGAAAGCUGAUUCAGCAGCUAAGAGAGCUCGUCAAGCAGAGAAAAGAAGGGUAUACAACAAAGCCAAGAAAUCUGAGAUGAAGACUCGGAUGAAGACGGUAUUUGAAGCCCUCGACGGCCUCAAAAAGAAAACAGAUGCACAAUCUGAAGAAAUCGUCGAGGUCGAGAAACUUAUUGCCGCGGCGUAUUCGGCUAUUGAUAAAGCAGUCAAAGCAGGAUCGCUGCAUAGGAAUACUGGAGCCAACAGGAAGUCUCGAUUAGCCAGAAGAAAGAAAGCUGUAGAGGUUCAUCAUGGCUGGUACACCCCAUCUGCUGCUGUAGUUGCAUGAGUAAGUUAUAAUUUAAACCCUUGUAAUUAAUUUUGAGUGGGAUACACAGCCACAUCAAAGUGUGAAGCAUCCGUUUUUGUUUUAAAUUUGAGUUCAGUCAAGAGUAAACCAUUUGGGUGAUUGUGGAACACUGAACAUUUUCAAGUUAACUAAAUAGAUCAGAAUGUGCCAUCUGAAAAGUGUAUCAAAUAGAUGGUUGAGUUUUCUUGGAUAAAAUCUCAGAGUUACUUGAUGAGUAGAA